UGGAGACUGCUGGGGUGACUAGGCCUCAUCAGGCAGUUUCAUGGACUCUGUUAAGCUUACUUGGGUUUGUGAUUAACCUGCAUAGGAUCUUCUUGGCAAAAUUGAGGUACCACCGGAUAUAACUGAACAGACUGAAAGAACAUUGCACUGCUAUGGAGAAUGAAUCAAAUGCAACGACGUGUUCCGCAUGUACAACUACCAUCACCACCACCUCCUCCUCUCGGACACAACCACCACAGAUAUCUGUCUACAGUGGCUCCGACAGACAUGCUGUACAGGUUAUUCAACAGGCCUUGCAUCGUCCCCCCAGCUCAGCUGCUCAGUAUCUUCAGCAGAUGUACGCAGCCCAACAGCAGCAUUUAAUGCUGCAGACUGCCGCUCUACAACAGCAGCACUUAAGCAGUACCCAGUUUCAGAGUCUGGCAGCUGUUCCACAGGCAAGCCUGUCGGGUGGAAGGCAGUGUUCAUCCCCUACUGGGAGCGUCACUCAGCAGUCAAGCAUAUCACAGACCUCGAUUAACCUUUCCACCUCUCCUACACCUCCACAAUUAAUAAGCCGUUCACAGACCUCCAACACUACUAGCAGCAGUAUAACCCAACAGACUAUGUUGCUGGGGAGCACUUCUCCUACCCUGAGUGCAAGCCAGGCUCAAAUGUACCUCCGAGCACAAAUGCUGAUUUUUACUCCUGCUACCACUGUGGCUGCUGUCCAGUCUGACAUUCCUGUUGUCUCAUCAUCGUCGUCCUCUUCCUGUCAGUCUGCAGCUACUCAGGUUCAGAACUUAACAUUGCGCAGUCAGAAGUUGGGCGUAUUGUGUAGUUCACAGAAUGGCCCACCAAAGAGCAGUAGUCAAGCUCAGUCAUUGGCUCUAUGUACUAAUAAAACUGUGACCGGUACCAAGGCCAGCCAACCUGAUUCUCCAGACAGCAACAGAAAAGGAGAGAGCCCAACAUCUGAGUGUCGAAGUACAUCUGUCACACGGACAUCAAGUAUACAUCAGUUAAUAGCACCAGCUUCAUAUUCUGCAAUUCAACCUCAUUCUCUAAUAAAACAUCAGCAGAUACCUCUUCAUUCACCUCCUCCAAAGAUUUCCCAUCAUCAGCUGAUAUUACAACAGCAGCAAGUUCAGCCUAUCACACUUCAGACUCCUCCUAAUCAGGAACCACCUCCAUCACAACACUAUGUUCCACUCCAAAGCCAUGGUCUUCCUCCAGUUCCUAAUAGUGUCCAGUCACAACAUUGCUCACCUGUUCACAUCCAUCCUCCUCCUUUAACAAUAUCUCCUACUCCAUCCCCAUCAGCUCAGCAGUCAGUAGUGGUGUCUCCUACGCCUGCUCACUCACCUAGUCAGUCGCCCACCAUAAUAAUUCAUCCACAAGCACUUAUUCAGUCACAACCACAUCCUCUUAUGCCAUCAGCUCUACAGUCGGAGCAGAACCCACAGCAGCCCACUACUAGUCAAGUACGACCGGUAGCACAACAGCUUAAUCUUCCAUCCCAUCUUACAGUUCCACCUUCCCCAGUAGUACACAUUGGGCCAGUAGAUCAGCCGAACUUGAUGUCCCCGGGCCAGCAGACAGUGUCUCCAACACCACAUCAGCAAUAUCCGACCUUACAGUCCGUGCCAAUCCCAGUUGCAACCCCUCCACAGCUGUCAACAUCUCCAACCCAGAUUCAACAACUGCCCUUGCAGUCUGUGCAAUCUUUACAAAUGCAGCCUGAAAUUCUAUCCCAGGGCCAGGUUUUGGUGCAAAAUACUUUGGUUUCUGAGGAGGAGCUUCCUGCUGCAGAAGCUUUGGUCCAACUGCCAUUUCAGACUCUUCCGCCACCACAGACUGUUGCAGUAAACCUUCAAGUACAACCAUCAGUACCUGUUGAAACCCCUGUGAUUUACCAAGUGGAGAACGUGUGUGAGGAAGAGAUGCCAGAGGAGUCUGAAUGCGUCCGUAUGGUUAGAACACCUACCCCACCAACCUUGUCUCCACCGAUCAUAACCUUAGGAAAUGGCGAGGAGCUUGCUUCAGAGGCGCCUUUGUCAGAACAAGUGGGACUUCCUGCAAUGGCAUCAUCAGUCAGUGCCUCAGUAAUUAAAUCUCCAUCAGACCCUUCACAUGCCUCUAUUCCACCACCUCCUCUUUUGCUUCCAGCAGCUGCCACAAGGAGUAACAUCACAUCAAUGCCUAAUAGCAUUCCUAACCUAGAAAACAAACCUCCACAGGCUAUCGUUAAACCACAGAUCCUGACCCAUGUUAUUGAGGGCUUUGUGAUUCAGGAGGGUUUAGAGCCAUUUCCUGUAAGUCGUUCAUCUCUUCUGGUUGAGCAGCCUGCGAAAAAAAGGCUCCUAAUGGAGGGUCAGGUCAUGAGUGUCAUGUGUGUUGAGUCAGAGCUGCAGAACAAUACAAAACAUGCAGAGAACUCCUCAGACACAGAGAUAGAGGACAUAAUUACAGAAGAGGGACUAGAUGAAAUGGAAAAUGAUCUCCUGAAGUGUGAGUUUUGUGGAAAAAUGGGAUAUGCUAAUAAGUUCCUACGGUCAAAGCGAUUCUGCUCCAUGUCCUGUGCCAAAAGGCACAACGUUAGUUGCACUAAAAAAUUUGGGCUGUUUACAUCAGACAAGAACAGUCGUUGGAAUCGGAAGUCAGAUAGCCAAAGUCUUGGACGAUGUGCACGUCGACCAAGUGGCUCUGAUGGGGCAUCACGAGAGCACUUCCUUAGACAGCUUCCAAUUACUUAUCCAUCUGCAGAAGAUGAUUUGGUUUCUCAUGAUGAUGCUGUGCCAGCUGCCAUGACCACUCGUCUGCGAAGACAAAGUGAGAGGGAAAGAGAGCGUGAACUUAGGGAACUAAAAAUUAGGAAAAUGCCAGAGAAUGUUGACUUGCUACCAUCUGUACAAGCUGACCCAUCAGUGUGGACAGUUGAUGAAGUUUGGGCCUUCAUACGUUCUUUGCCUGGUUGUCAAGAUAUUGCAGAUGAAUUUAGAGCACAAGAGAUCGAUGGACAGGCCCUUCUCUUGUUGAAAGAGGAUCACCUUAUGAGUGCAAUGAACAUUAAGCUGGGACCUGCACUGAAAAUUUGUGCACGAAUCAACUCAUUGAAGGAGUCCUAGUGGGAAGCUUUAGACAGUAGCCUCUCUCUAACAGACUGAUACACACUAUGGCAUACCUAUUACUGUGAUGUUUUGUUAAAUAUCUUUUUUUUUUUUCACAUAAAGACGUUAAAAUUUACUCCUCCA